AUUAACAUCAGUCGGAAAACAAUGAGGAUCGCAUUCUUCAUUCUUCUGGUGUUCCUGACGAGCCGUUCGGCAGAAUGCCGUUCCAUCAAGCCGAUCUUCAGCCUGAUACCUGAUGGCAUGGCAAAUCGAAUCAACAGUAAUUAUUCAGCUCAUCAGGAACUCAAGACAACGACCAUCACAUGCGACCUUACUUACUCAUUCUUGCCGUGCACCACGGAGCUGUUGGGCGAGAUCUUUCUCAUCGUGGUGUAUGAGUUCUUGCUUGGUUAUGCAGCCAACUGUGUCAACUCGGGGUCGGAGCUGUUCCUCCGGAUGUUCGGGACUGGAAUCUUCAGCUCCAGUUUGUUCCAAAUUCUUGGAUCCCUUCCCUCAGUGAUCAUAAUGCUUGUCAGUAGUAUUUCAUCAAGCGUGGAAACGGUCGAGACAACAGCUGCAAUGGGGAUGGCCAUGCUCACAGGAUCGGCAGUUUAUAGCCUCACAAUAGUGUGGGGCUCCGUUGUUGCAUUCGGAAGCCAUAGUAUCUCAAAAACUUCAUCUUCUUCAAUCACGUGGUCCAGUCAACCAACUAGGAAGUUGGUCACUCUACUAACAGGUUCUGGCAUAGAAACUGACACGGAGACCAAGAAAAUUGCCAGUAUCAUGUUCGUUUCCAUGAUUCCAUUUCUUAUCCUCCAAUUGGCAAAGAUCAUCAAUUCGACUACUGGGACAAAAGUAGUGGUCUCGAUCACUCUCGGAGUUACUGUCAUCUUGCUCAUUGCAGACUACACACUCCUGGUGUUUAGACCAUGGAUUCAGGAGAAGUCAUUUGCAUACAUAACAAGCAAGUACUCAGGAAACAGCAAAUUUCUGAGUCUUUGCAUAGUUGAUGGGAAGACCAGUGAAUCUCGUAUAAAAGAGGUGUUUCGAAAGAUCAAUCAGAAUAAUGAUUCACAAGUAUCGAAGGCGGAGCUAUAUUCAUUCCUGCUAGGAUUACAGGAGGGAGCAGAUGUGAGCACCGAUGAUUAUGCAGUUGCUAUGAUGACAAAAUUGGACGAUUCACAUGAUGCAUCCCUCAGUGAAAUGGAAUUUGUUCAAGGAAUAACCAAAUGGUUGAAUCAGGGAACAUUAGCUUCAAAUAGUCAUGCUCAAGAUUUGGCAAAGUCGAGAUCUCGAAGCAACAAUUCCACGGGAGCAACAGAAGAGCAAGAAAGGUUACUGUCACAACAAGAUACGACUAGCAAACCCAGAAGUGCACUUGCAAUCUCAUGGAACUACGCAAAAGCCAGUUUCUUGAUCGUUCUGGGGACAACGAUGAUGGUCAUUCUUGGCUCACCACUCAUGCAAAGCUUUCAAGAUGUCGCAAGCGACUUGAACAUGCCCUCAUUCUUGGUCUCCUACGUGAUGCUUCCCUUGGCCAUGAGCUACAAGCAAGCAUUAGGAGCCAUUACUUCUGCCAGAAAGAAGACAUUGAAGGACAUUUCUGGGCCGAUGAGUGAGGUCUAUCGCGGGGUGUUCCUGAACAACUUAAUGGGGCUAGUCACCUUUUUAUUGCUCCUUCUCAUCAAGGACAUAUCCUGGAAUGUCUCGGCCGAAGUUCUGGUCGUGCUCUUGAUAUGCAGUUUCAUGGGCGUCCUCACGAGCUUACGCACCCAGUUCCCCCUCUGGACCGCCGUUCUUGCAUAUUCUCUCUACCCAUUUUCGAUCCUGCUUCUCUACGUUCUCACCAGUGUUCUGGGCUGGUCUUAGGGCUUUCCUUUUACCGCUAUUUCCGAGAAUUCAACGAUGAAGGAGAUCAGUGUUUUUAAUUUCAGAAGUUGCAGUGGCGCAUUACC